AGCCCUUUACUAUGCACUUACAAGUUAAUGUUCUACUCAUAAUUUCUAGUUGUGUAGGAGAGUUUAUUUCUAGUGUUACACUGUAUAACAAAUCUGUUAUUUUAUAGUUGGCCUUGGCAGAAUUGUACAAAGAUGAAGUGAAAUGCAAAUCUUCCAAAACUGAUAGACCUAAAGCUUCAGUCUUUAAAAGCCCACGAACACCACCUCAAAGGUUCUAUUCAAGUGAGCAUGAAUACAGUGGAUUGCAUCUAGUUCGACCUUCAACUGGGAAAAUAGUGAAUGAACUUUUCAAAGAGGCAAAGGAACAUGGGGCUGUCCCUCUACAUGAAGCCACAAGAGCUUCAGGUGAUGACAAAACUAAGUCCUUUACAGGUGGAGGAUACAGAUUGGGUAAUUCCAUUUGUAAACAGUCUGAAUACAUCUAUGGAGAAAAUCAGAUGCAAGAUGUUCAGAUUUUGCUUAAGUUGUGGAGCAAUGGUUUCAGUUUAGAUGAUGGAGAAUUGAGACCGUACAAUGAUCCAGUGAAUGCUCAAUUUCUGGAGUCUGUUAAAAGAGGAGAAAUUCCCCCGGAGCUUCAGCGACUGGUUCAUGGUGGCCAAGUGAACUUGGAUAUGGAGGAUCAUCAGGAUCAAGAAUACAUAAAACCCAGAUUGAGGUUCAAGGCUUUUAGUGGAGAUGGACAAAAACUUGGAAGCCUUACCCCUGAAAUUGUCAGUACACCUUCCUCCCCAGAAGAGGAGGAGAAGUCAAUACUUAAUGCAGCUGUUCUGAUUGAUGAUUCAGUGCCAACAACAAAAAUUCAAAUCAGGCUGGCAGAUGGGAGUCGUUUAAUACAAAGAUUCAAUAGUACACACAGGAUCCUGGAUGUUCGGGACUUCAUUGUACAGUCCCGUCCUGAAUUUGCAAAUCUUGACUUUAUUCUUAUAACUUCAUUUCCAAGCAAAGAGCUAACCGAUGAAAGCCUGACACUACAAGAAGCAGACUCUGCAGUGCACAGGCGCCCACCAGAGCACACCACAGAAGCCCUCAUUGUUGUCUUGUUCCCCGCAUACCAUCUCUGUGUGCUAUGAAUGCUAAGUAUUUACUACCCUGUACCCACCAAUGUAGAAGAAGUAUGUGUUUCUCCAUUUUGCCUUUUAUCCAGUCCUAGAAAUUUCCCCAAUUUGCUUUCUCCUGUCUCCUUAAUGUACCAGCAAUGGACUUCAUGUUCCUUCCCUAUGUUUUUUUUCUUUGAAUUUAAGUGCAUGAAUGAGACUGCAGAACUACCAUUCUCUGUAUCAUUUUCUCAGUCUGUUGAGAUCUUGCUUCCAGGCAUGUUGUAAAAUUUGGCUCAAAUAAACUCUUACAAAACUUCCCUAUAGGUUUGG